AAGCUGCGAUUCUAGUCAUGUGAGUGCAAACGCGAGCACUAAUCGGUCACGAUAGGGACUGUGUGUGUCUCUGUGUUUUUACACAAACCCGCAUUUUUAUUUUUUAUCUGCUAGAAAAGAAGGUCACCGACCACACAAUUUUCCGCCUUGAUCUGAUGAUAGCAAGGGUGUGUUUGAGUAUGCAGUUCAGAUAGUGAUACCUGGUCCUGUAUUGAGUUUUCAUUGGGAAGAUAGACUUGGGAAGGUUUGAGUUGGAAUACCGUCUAAGGGACUGUUUUCGUACUUCCAUGGUCUAUGAGUUACAACAGUAUGUCUGGAGAUGAGGAGUUCGGGGGAAACGACUUCGAGUUUGCCGACAGGGAUGUCAGGCUUGGAUUUAUCAGGAAGGUGUACGGCAUUCUCACAGCACAGUUGGUGGUUACCGUAGCGAUCAUAAUCCCAUUUGCCAUUGUUGACUCAGUGAAAGUGUAUGUACUCCAAAACUCAUGGCCAUUUUGGACUGCAUUUGCUGUGACAUUUGUGCUAAUCAUCGCAUUGUCAUGCUGCGCAGACCUUCGUAGGAGUUUCCCUGCCAACUUCAUUGCUCUUUUCUUGUUUACAAUUUGUGAGGGAGUCCUUCUUGGCCUGGCUUGCAGUACAUAUGACACAACCACUGUGCUUAUUGCUGCUGGCAUCACUGGAAUUUUGGUACUGGCACUGACGAUCUUUGCGUUUCAAACCAGGAUUGACUUUACCAUGAUGUCUGGAAUGCUUUUUGUGGCCUUGAUCACACUUCUUCUCUUUGGAAUAUUUGCCGCCAUAUUCCAUAACAGAGUCUUGGACAUUGUGUAUGCCUCAAUUGGUGCUGUUAUAUUUGGACUGUUCAUCGUUUUUGACACCCAAUUGCUCCUCGGAGGCAAACACAAAUACAGCAUCUCCCAAGAGGAAUACAUCUUUGCUGCUCUUAACCUCUAUGUCGAUAUCGUCCAGCUGUUCUUGAUGAUACUGACACUCGUCAACAGUUCUCGAUAGUUGGACCGUCAGACCAUGGAGGCUGUAAAGCUUUGAACAGAAAUGCCCGGCCAAAGGAAAGUGGCACAAUUAAUGUAGGAUGGAAAAUUAAGAAAAUUAGCUUGCAGUCUUCUCUGGUUGUCCUUAAUGUAGGCAUACAACUUUUUCAAAAGAUCAGCUGACUUCCUUGUUUCUUACAUUUUGUGCAUACCAUAACUAAUUGAGAAUAAAAAGAAAAGACAGCACAGUAAUGGUUCUUGUUAUGCUCUAUAUUUAUUCAGUGAGAGAUGUUGAAGUUGUUGGACAAAUGAGGCAAGAGAUAGGUAAGGUGUAGUAGAUGAGUGCUACAACAAAUCUUGGACCCAAGAAAUUAGGGAUUGAGGCACUCUUGCUUCCUUUGUUCUAUGGCAUUGGUCUUGGCAUUUACCAUUCUUGCCGCUUCUGUUUGCGAUGCAUCCGGUCAGUAACCAUUGGUUUCUAGGUGUUGGUUAUAUCUACAUUGGGCCAGGCAACUGGUGGCAUAUGCCCUGGUGUGGGGUCCGCGGAGCAGAACAGGGAAUUUUUUCUGGAAAAGAUUGUGCAAAUUGUAUUCAUCAAUUUAAGCAAUCCCCCCCCCCGCAAAGUGAUAGUGUCAUUUCAAAAGCGUUCUCCCUUUCGGUUCCAAAAAGUAAAGAAGUGGCAAUGUGUCUGCAAGGCGGGCAAACACCAACCGCCCCCCCCCCCCGAAUGAGUUAACUCUUAAUUUUGCACCCUCUAAUGGUUUAUGAAAGAACUGAAUUAUCCAAAUGGACUGAUUGUUUUUUUGGAUUGAGGAUUUAUUCCGUGGUUGUGAUAGCGAUGCAAAUUGCAUGUAUCGGUGGCGAACCCACUGAACCCAGGUUUUGUUGGGGGGGUGGCUACAAGUGGAAUUUACCCCGGCAAAAAAGCUCACGAUGCUUAAGCCCAAAAAGCUAUAUCAAAGGUUUAGUAGUUUAACCCCUUACAUGUAUGGUGUAUGUAAAAUCAUAUUGAAAUCUGAGGAUUUGGGACUGUUAGGGAUAGAUGCAGGUGUAUAUGUUUUAUGUCCAUUUCACAGAAAGUAAAGAAACUGAAAAUCUCGUGGGGGGGAUUGGGCUGGAUCCCUCCCGCC